AUGCCGUCAAUGGAUAUUGACAUGAGCCGACGGAACAAGAGCCCCCGGCCCUUGACAGAUUCGGAGCGGGCUCGACUAGAAGAGUUUAUUGAUGCUAUUCGGUACUCAGAGAGGUAUCACGACGACGAAUACGAGUAUCGCCAUGUCCAGCUACCGAAGUUGAUGCUCAAAGCAAUUCCCAAAGAAUACCACGAUUCUGCCAAGGGCACAUUAAAACUUCUCUGGGAAGAGGAAUGGAGGGCCAUGGGAAUGACACAGAGUCUCGGCUGGGAGCACUACGAAGUUCAUGAGCCGGAGCCGCAUAUCCUUCUUUUCAAGCGACCUCUCGACUACCAACCUCCGCAGUGA